CAAGAACCUGGAUCCACCACACCCCCAAGCUUCAGGAUGUUCAAAAUCCAGAUCUGUAGUUUAAAAGAGGGUCUCCAGGUUCUCAGACAGUUCUGUUGGCCAAGGCUGGCUUAGAAGUUGCUUUUCCUGCUCAAGAAAAUGGGGGCUGAUGGUGCAAACUUAGUCCUGAGGAACAUGCUUAUUGGUCUCAACUUGCUCCUGCUGGGAUCAGUCCUCAAGCCCUUUGAGUGCCGGCUAGAGGUGACAACAGAGCGGAUGAGGAGGCAGGUAGUGGACGAGGAAGGCAACUUUGCCAACUACAGCCCACCUAUCAAGGAGCAAUCCAUGGUCUUCAACCAUGUAUACAACAUUAACAUCCCCCUGGACAGCUUCUGCUCAUCAGCACUCGAGGCAUCAUCUGACCAGGAGGUGAGUUCAGAAGACGACAGGAUGACGGAAUAUACGGAGCAGACCUCAGACAGCGAGAGCCAGGUCACCUUCACCCACAGGAUUAACCUCCCCAAGCAGGCUUGCAAGUGCUUCACCUCUGCCCAGGUCAUGCAGGAGCUUCAGAGCAGAAUUGAGAUGCUGGAGAGGGAGGUGUCCAUGCUACGGGACCAAUGCAACUCCAAUUGCUGCCAAGAAAAUGCAGCUACAGGGCAGCUAGAUUACAUCCCCCACUGCAGCGGACACGGUAACUUUAGCCUGGAGGCCUGUGGCUGCAUCUGCAAUGAAGGGUGGGCUGGAAAAAACUGCUCAGAGCCCCACUGCCCCAUGGGCUGUUCCAGCAGGGGCAUCUGCAUAGAAGGCCAGUGCAUCUGUGACAACGACUACAGUGGGGACGAUUGCUCAGAGCUCCGCUGCCCAACAGACUGUAGCUCCCGAGGCCUCUGCGUGGAUGGGGAGUGCGUCUGCGAAGAAGGUUACGCAGGGGAAGACUGCAGUGAGCUGAGGUGCCCCGAUGACUGCUCGGGAAAGGGGAGAUGCGCCAAUGGCACCUGCGUCUGUCAAGAGGGCUACGUGGGGGAAGACUGCAGUCAGCUGAGGUGCCUGAAUGCCUGCAGUGGACGUGGGUUCUGCCAGGAGGGGAUGUGCGCUUGUGAGGAAGGUUACAAGGGACAGGACUGCUCAGCAGUUGCCCCACCCGAGGAUCUGCGAGUGGCUGGGAUCAGCGACAGGUCCAUUGACCUGGAAUGGGAUGGGCCGAUGGCAGUGACAGAAUAUGUGAUCUCCUACCAGCCAGUGGUGCCGGGGAGCCUUCAGCUCCAGCAACGGGUGCCUGGGGACUGGAGCGCUGUCACUAUUAAGGAGCUGGAGCCGAGCCAAACAUAUAACAUCAGCAUCUACGCUGUCAUCAGCGACAUCCUUAGCGUCCCCGUUACUACCAAGGUGACUACCCAUCUCUCCACUCCACAAGGGCUGCAGUUCAAGACGAUCACAGAGACCACCGUGGAGGUGCAGUGGGAGCCCUUCUCUUUCUCUUUUGACGGCUGGGAGAUCAGCUUCAUCCCCAAGAACAACGAAGGUGGCGUCAUCGCACAGCUUCCUAGCAGUGUCACCACUUUCAACCAGACAGGACUGAAGCCUGGGGAAGAAUACAUCGUCAAUGUGGUAGCCCUCAAGGAGCAAGCCAGGAGCCCUCCAACCUCCGACAGCAUCUCCACCUUAAUUGAUGGGCCAACCCAAAUCCUGGUGCGAGACGUCUCAGACACGGUGGCCUUCGUGGAGUGGACCCCGCCCCGAGCUAAAGUAGACUACAUCCUGCUGAAAUAUGGCCUGGUGAAUGGGGAAGGGGGGAAGACCACGUUCCGACUGCAGCCUCCCCUGAGCCAGUACUCGAUGCAGGCCCUGAGGCCCGGCUCACAGUACGAAGUCUCUAUCUCUGGGGUCCGAGGGACCAACGAGAGUGACCCUGCUGUCACUACCUUCACAACAGAGAUCGAUGCCCCCAAGAACCUUCGGGUGGGCUUGCGAACAUUGGCCAGCCUGGAACUGGAGUGGGACAACAGUGAGGCGGAGGUGCAGAACUACAGGGUGGUGUAUAGCACGCUAGCAGGCGAGCAGUACCACGAGGUGCUGGUGCCGCGGAAUGCUGGCCUGACAACCCGGGCCACCCUCACAGAUCUGGUGCCAGGAACUGAAUAUGGAAUUGGGAUAUCAGCCAUCAUGGAUAGCAAGCAGAGCAUCCCAGCCACCAUGAACGCAAGGACCGAGCUUGACAGCCCUCAGAACCUUGUGGUGACAGCCUCCACGGACACGUCUAUCUCCCUGGCCUGGACCCAGGCCAAGGGCCCCAUAGACCAUUACCGCAUCACCUUCACUCCAGCCUCUGGAAUGGCCUCCGAGGUGACAGCACCCAAGGAUAAGUCUGAGCUGACACUCUCAGACCUGGAUCCCGGUACAGAAUAUACCAUCUCAGUCAUUGCCGAGAGAGGCCGUCAGCAGAGUUUGGAGUCCACAGUGGAUGCAUUCACAGGGUUCCGACCAAUCACACAGCUGCACUUUUCUCAUGUGACUUCCUCCAGCCUCAACAUCACCUGGAGUGACCCCUCUCCUCCGGCAGACAGGUUUAUCUUGAACUACAAUCCCAGAGAUAAGGAGGAGACCAAGCAGGUCACACUAGAUGCCACCAAGAGACAUGCCACCCUGUCUGGCUUGCAGCCAUCUACGGAGUAUAUCGUGUCACUGGUGGCUGUGCAUGGUGUGGUCAGCUCCGAGCCCAUAGUGGGCUCCAUCACAACAGGGAUCGACCCCCCGAAGAACCUCACUGUGGGCAAUGUAACCAAGGACUCGGUGAUGAUCUUCUGGGCCCCUCCUAUCACAACUUUUGACCACUACAGAGUGUCCUACCGAUCUGCACAAGGAAGAGUGGACAGCACGGCAGUCGCCAACGACGUCGCUGAAUACAACCUCAGCCGCCUGCAGCCAGCGACCAAGUACGAGAUCAGCCUGAGCAGCGUGCGGGGCCGGGAGGAGAGCGAGCGGGUCUCCAGCAUCGUGUAUACAGCCAUGGACCACCCUCUGGGUCUGACUGCCACCAACGUCACCCCAACAGAAGCCCUGCUGCAGUGGAACCCGCCUCUUUCCGAAGUCGAGAACUACGUCAUUGUGCUAACGCACUACACGGUUGCAGGGGAGACCAUUCUAGUGGACGGGGCCAACCAAGAAUACCAGCUGAUCAACCUGAUGCCCAGUACCAGCUACAUGGUCACCAUGUAUGCCACCAAUGGGCCUCUCACUAGCAGCACCAUCAGCACCAACUUUACGACUCUUCUGGAUCCCCCGACUAACUUGACUGCCACUGAGGUCACCCGCCGGAGCGCCCUCCUUUCAUGGCAACCUCCAAUGGCAGAGAUCGAGAACUACAUCAUGACCUAUAGAUCGACUGAUGGAAGCCGAAAGGAGCUGAUAGUCGAUGCUGAGGACACCUGGAUCCGCCUAGAGGGGCUUUCGGAGACCACGCAAUACACCGUACGCUUGCAGGCAGCCCAGGAUGCGAUGAGGAGUGGAUUCACCUCCACCAGCUUCAUCACAGGAGGCCGCGUGUUCGCUAAUCCUCAGGACUGUGCCCAGCAUUUGAUGAAUGGCGACACCAUGAGUGGAAUCUACACCAUCUCCAUCAAUGGGGACCUCAGCCAGCGAGUGCAGGUGUACUGCGACAUGACCACGGAUGGGGGAGGAUGGAUUGUGUUCCAGAGACGGCAGAAUGGGCUGACGGAUUUCUUUCGAAAGUGGAUGGAUUACCGGGUUGGCUUUGGAAACCUAGAGGAUGAGUUUUGGCUGGGCCUGGAUAACAUUCAGAAGAUCACAUCGCAGGGACGCUACGAGCUACGAAUAGACAUGCGAGAUGGCCAAGAGGCAACUUACGCCUAUUACGACAAGUUCUCCCUCGGUGACACCAGGAGUCUGUACAAGCUCCGGAUAGGAGACUACAAUGGCACUUCCGGAGAUUCACUCACCUAUCACCAGGGACGUCCGUUCUCCACCAAGGACAGAGACAAUGAUGUUGCUGUUACAAACUGCGCCAUGUCAUACAAAGGGGCCUGGUGGUAUAAGAACUGCCACCGGACCAACCUCAACGGCAAGUAUGGCGAGUCCCGGCACAGUCAGGGGAUUAACUGGUUCCACUGGAAAGGCCACGAGUUCUCCAUACCCUUUGUGGAAAUGAAGAUGCGACCCUACAACCACCGUAACGUCUCGGGAAGGAAACGACGGUCCCUACAGCUGUGAGCCAGCAAGAAUCCUGCCCCUUCCCGCCCCAGCCACCCGACCUUUUCUGUCAUUCGUUUGUAUUUUAUAAUAUGAAAAGGGAAAAGAAAUACUACUACUCUGAGCUAGCAACCUGGUCCAUAGGAGUCCUGGAAGGACUGACUGAGCGGCUGGUAGGCUUUGGAAAGGGACUCAACACCUUCCCUGUGAAAUGCCGAGUGCCCGCUCCCCCCACCCACAACGGGGAAAGAGAGAGAGAGAUGGAUUUUUAUUAUUUUUUUUAAAGACUUAUAAAUCCCAGGUGAACCCCGUAGGACAUGCUUUUGUUGAAGGUGCUCCCUCACCACCAUCUCCGAUGCAGCAGGGCCUCCUUCACGCUGCAGGUCCUGUCAGCCAGGGACAUCGAUGGAGGCUGGCCUGGCCACGCUGUGGGGGCAGGUUUGCUGUUUGGCUGAGCUGUUGGACUAGGGCCUGCAGCUGAGGUGGCAUGUAGCACCAGCUGCACCUGGGCAAGAGGGACCACACAUAGUGCCCUGUCAUUUGAUCAUACUCAGAGGCAACAAGUCUAAUGCCCCUUCAUCCCAGGGACAGAGACUCCACCUCCUCCCUCUGUCAUACCAGCCAGGGAGAGCCUGCCCCCUCCCCGACAUAAUGCCCAAUCCCCCUGUUAGCCAAGAUGAUGCAGCUGUCCCUCUCCCUUUGACCAAGAACACACAGUGUUCCUUAUCCCCAGGAGCUCACUACAUGCGUGCAUACAUACACAGUGGGGAGAAGUGAAGUUCAAGCUUGGCAUUGUGUACCGGGUUACUGCAAGUCAUAGAUCUCACAAGAAGCGUGAGAUGUUUGUCUGCGUUGUAUUCCUUUCCUUUAGAGCAAUCACGGCCUACUUAUGAACCCCACCAUCACCAUACUUCUAACAUGUCCAAGGUCACCCCCUAUUUAUGGUAGGCACAUGGGUAGUAACAGAUGGAUGGUGCACUGCAUCUGCCUGUAGAUGUGAGCUGCUUUAGUGUUUUCUGGGGUGCAAAAGUGGCCCAUCUACUCUGCAUGUUGACUUCAUCAUAAACCCUUUGGUGGCUUUUUGCUGUUAUUUUUAUAAGGCCUAGCUCAGGGGAGGGGAGAGAAGGAAUCAGAGAAAACAGCUUCUAGGAAUCUUUAAUGUCAUUCUGAAGUAAGUUCAUUUAAGCUCCCUUUUCACUGUUAUUUUUACGUACAAUAAUGUUGUGACUCAUAGUUGUUACUGGUCCUAAACCAAAGAGUAUUAGAGAAAGAGCAGCGAACAGAAGAACUGGCAAGUGGCCGCAGUUCAUCCUGAAGCUUGCAGAGUAAAUUGCAGCCGUGUGCUGUGACAUCUAGUCAUCCUGUUCGUAUUCCCUGGGGUUAUGGAGGAAGGAUGGUUUGGUGGUUGAGGCAAAAGACCUCAAUGUAGAUUCUCUUCUCACUAGCCUCCUCUGUAAUCUUGGGUGAGUCACAACGUCUCUGUGAGCUGUUUCCACCAGCUCUCCUCUGGGGAGCUGAACUCUUCCCUCUCUCACAGUGUUGUCGCAAGGCUUAAUUCAUUGACAUUUGUAGAGCACUUUCAGAUCCUUGGAGGAAAGGCCCCAUAUAAGUUCCAAACAUUAUGUUUUCCCUCCUUAUAAAGGGACACUGCCCUGGUUAAAACCUGAUAUUUAAAAGCUCUAUCCCAUCCCUGCCUGUUGUUACUAACAACACCUUUAAUUAUUAAAAGUGAUUUUCAAACACUGAAUUUACUCCUUAACGUUGAUGCUGCUUAUGUUUUGCACUUUAAUCAGUUUGGCCAAUGAGAACAGACCAGGCGCUUUCCCCUGCUGCGUCCCAUACGCUAGCACAAGGCGGUUUUGUGUGGGUUCGCCAUACUGUAGAGGAAAGGUUACCGGGGACUAUCGCUAUUUGAUAGUGGGACUGAGUCUUGUUUACACCAAGGCCGCUUUGCAUUCAAUUGCAGUUUACACCCACUUUCAGAGAGCACAUAAAGGGGCCUGAGUGGAACAGAGAAUUCAGGACAGAGUCUCUAACAGAUUCAAGGCGUGUGACUAACUCCCAUCUGUUCCCAUCCAGCCUGUGCCCAGUGGAGAGACAGGAGAACGAGCAGGAAAUAUAGUCUCCCCCUCUUCCCUACCCAUGCCAUGCAUUGGGACAUAAAAACCUAACUAACCCUGGGUUCAGGAUUAGGUACAACCCUCAGUCCCCUGGCUGUAAGGUCAAGGGGAAAGACCCCAUCUGUUGCUAGUCUGGUCUGGUAGAACGGUGCUGCAGCUGCCAUGUGGCACUGGUAUGAUCCAGCAUUAUAAGGGCACUAAGCCUUGCUUUCAGUCCUGAACCCAGGGGGUUUCCUGACCCUUGAGCACAUGAAUGGGUGAGAGUGUAGUGCUCAGCUAGUGGUAGUUCUGCACACAUGUUGGAUGUAGAGAUGGAUCCACAGCCCACUGAAGCUAGCAGAGAUUCUCCUGUGGAUUUUAGCGGGCUUUGGACAAGGCCCUGAGUAAAUCACCAGGAAUCAGAGGAGGUGUAGGGAGAUCAAGGAGGAACAAAAGGCUUCAAUGAAGAACUAGACCUGGGAUGGGAGGGGAGUAAGAUGGAUGAGACUCUCAUGAGAGGUAGAAAAUCUCUUCUGUCCUUAGCUAUGCGCAUCACUUUGGAAUUCCAAAAGCCAAGGAGAAGCAGCAGUUAGGACUGAUGGAAGUUUAGGGAAAUCCCUAGCAAUUAUUUGUCUGAAAACUGCCCCCACCCAUUGGCAGCCCACAAACAAGAGGUGACCCUAUGAAAUGACAAAGCAGGGUAGUUUAAUGGUUAGAACUAAGUGCAACAACUGAGCAUCUUGGCUUCAAUUCCCAUCUGAGGCAGUGGUUCUCUGGGUAACUUCAGGUAGGGCCGGUGCAAGGAAGUUUCGCGCCCUAGGCGAA